CAAAUAGUGUGGACCGUCUGGUUCGUCCCUAACCUCUAUCGGACCAUCCACGAGCCUAUAUAGUCUCAAGGCCUCCGACCAUCGGAGACCGAUUGUCCGAUACGGUAUAUCUAUACGCUUGUGAGCGCGUUCCUCAUCUUUCGUUAUUCUACGGUAGCCAUUACAAACGCUCUUCUUUCAAAACCCUAGAAACGCAGAACCAGUCUAUUCAAACCGCCCUUGUUAAUAUUUUUUUUUCCCCGGUACAGAAACCACUGGUUAAUCAGUUAUACCUGCAAAUUCUCGGUGAAUUGUUGGUGGUCUUGAGGACUUUUUGAAAUGGACGGACAUUGGAGAGAGAGAGCGUUAACUUUCCUCGCCGCAGCGAAUAACCAUGGCGAUUUGGCGGUAAAGAUGUCUUCUUUGAAGCAGGCCAAGGAUAUCCUGUUGUCUGUGGAGCCGUCUCACGCUGCUGAACUCUUCCCCUAUUUGGUCGAGCUUCAGUCUUCGCCGGAAAGUGUGGUUCGAAAAGCCCUCGUCGAGGUGAUUGAGGAGAUUGGGUUGACAACGAUGGAGCAUUCUUCCGUACUCAUGCCAGUCUUAUUGACAUUUUUAAAAGACAAGGAAAAUAUUGUUGCAAGACAAUCCAUUAUUAGUGGCACAAAUAUCUUUUGCGGUGUAUUGGAGGAGUUAUCGUUGCAGUUUCACCGGCGUGGUAUAGUUGAAAGGUGGCUUGGAGAGCUCUGGGCUUGGAUGGUCCGGUACAAGGAUGCUGUUUUUGGCAUUUUAUUAGAGGCUGGUACUGUUGGUUUGAAGUUGCUGGCGCUGAAGUUUUUGGAAACAUAUGUUUUACUUUUUACAUCUGAUACUGAUGAUUCCAAAACACCUACAGCUGAAGCAAUAACAAGACAUGGACGAGCUUUCAAUAUUUCAGUGGUGGUUGGUGGUCACCCUGUUCUGGAUCCACUUGCACUCACGACAGAAGCAAAUAGAACUCUUGGCAUUCUACUGGAUUUCUUGCGAUCGGCCAGUACUUUCCCUGGUUCUUUGACAAUUUCUGUUGUUAACUGGUAUCACCGAAGCUUGGAAACUUGUUGUGGUACUAUUGCAGCAUGCUGCUGUCCAGCACUUUUAUGCGGAGUUAAUUGACAUUUUGCUUGGGACUGUUGCUGUGGUGGUCAGAUAAUGGGAGAUAGGAGUUAGCUCAUGUCAACACCAUCGGGCGGUGAUAGGAAUGAUUAAGCGAUGGAUAAAAUAGUCUUCUCAUUUGCUUAAAAACCUGUCACCAAACAAUGCAGUUUAUGCGUUGUAAACUAUUUGAGAUACCUUUUAUUUUCACCAUUGUUGAGUACUGAAUGUGCGUACAGUUGUAGGAUGCACGCACUGUUUAACAUUGUAUUAUUGAUUUUGUGAAAGUUGGUACA